GAGAAACAUGAAGUUGAGUUCGACGAAAUUAUCGGCCUCCCACGCGAUAUCAAAUCAGCCAAAUCGCCGAUCGACUCACGAACUUGUUUCACGCCAACGUGCUUCAUUUCCGUCUGCAGUCAUCACAAGAAAUGAGGAUCCCGCGUUCGCUCGGCUACGUGCUCAAAAUCGCACUCGUCAUGUGUUUCUACACGUUUGCCCUGUGGGUAUUGUUCAGGGUAUUGGCGAGUGUCACGAAACCGAAAAAGAACCGUGUUUUGGUGGAUGGCGAGGAAGAUUAUCUUUUCGAUGAGUCUGAUGCUGAGGAUGAGACGCUUUUGGAGCACGUGGCCGGAAAUUACGUGGAUUUACUGAGGAUUUCGAAAAUCCUCGAUCGGAGGAAUUCCACUGAAGAUUAUUCCCUGCGCAUGCCGAGUGAUGUGGAUCUUUCUGAACACAAGCAAAGUUCAGCUCUUCUCCAGUUGCUGAAUGCGAAGGAGAAUGGAACUUUUCUGGAAGCCGGUGCGUUUGAUGGGGAGUUUUUUUCAAACUCCUUGUAUUUGGAAAGAAAUUAUGGAUGGAGAGGGGUUUUAGUGGAGCCCAUCACCAAGUUUUACAAUGAAAUCCUUUCCAAGAAGCGAAAAGCUGUGUUGCUGAAUGCCUGUCUCAGUCCAAAACCGUGGUUUGAAUAUAUGAACAUGACGAUCGUACGAAGUGGAAUCUUCAGAAUAGAAAGCAUGAGUUCUUUGCAUGGUUACAACAUGGGUGACUUUGAUCCCGAAAAACACGAUCAAGAAACUGUGGAAUGCUAUCCAAUUUUUGACGUGUUAUCUGCUGCGAAACUCACGCAGCUCGACGUGCUCAUGCUGGAUGUCCAAGGAGCAGAAGAGGACAUUUUGCGAACGAUCCCUUGGCGUUUGGUCGACAUCAGGGUAAUAUUAGUGGAGAUUUCAAAGUUUGGAAAAGAUCAUCUGCCAAGAAAGUUAUUCCAUCAAGAGCAACGCUUAAAAGCCUUCCUGGGAAAACAAGGAUACGACGUGAAAGCGGUCCUCGGACGGGAUUUCAUUUUUGUUCGCGAAUGA